AAAACAUGGGUAGGUGAAAGGAACAGUCUAGAACUCCAUUGGGCUCUGUGGUACUUCACUCUCUCCCUUCUCCCUUGCAAACACACCUGAUUUCUAUAAAACCGACCAAACACACCGGCUCCACUUGAUUGAGAUUUUUUCACAGCUCUCUUCCUCUUUCUUUGUCAAUUCCAGUGGGGUGUUCUGAGAUCACAUAGAACGAUGGUGAAGGCGGUGGCUGUGCUAGGCAACAGUUCAGGUGUCAGUGGGACUAUCUACUUUACCCAAGAAGCUGAUGGGCCAACUACAGUGACUGGAAAUAUUUCUGGCCUUCAGCCUGGGCUCCAUGGGUUCCAUGUCCAUGCGCUUGGGGACACAACAAAUGGUUGCAUGUCAACUGGACCACAUUUCAAUCCUGCUGGCAAAGAGCAUGGUGCUCCUGAGGAUGAGAAUCGCCAUGCCGGUGAUCUGGGAAAUGUCACUGUUGGUGAUGAUGGUACUGCCAGUUUCACAAUAAUUGACAAGCAGAUUCCACUUUCCGGACCACAUUCCGUUAUUGGAAGGGCUGUUGUUGUCCAUGGGGAUCCAGAUGAUCUUGGCAAGGGGGGACAUGAACUUAGCAAAAGCACCGGAAAUGCUGGAGGCCGAGUAGCUUGUGGCAUCAUUGGUCUGCAAGGAUGAAGUCCUUUACCAAACCCUGUCCGCAUGCAGUAGAACACGCAUCCUGCCCGUAUGCUUGUGAAGGGCUUGUGAGAGAACUCUUCUAAAUAAAUAACGAACCUUCUAUUUUCUAUUUGGUCUGUUUUUGUGGUCUUGAGUUGGGUGGUGCUUUGUUUCUACUUGCUGUAGUACUUUCCUUUUGCUAGCAGUAAUACAUAAAGGUUAAGUUUU